AUGAAGAAUUUUGUUUAUUUAAUAAUUAAUUUGUUGUUGGGUUGCAACGUCGUACUUGCCCUUCCAUUUUGGAAAAGAGUCGUGACAUUGAAUGUAAAUCAGUCGGAUGAAGAAAUAGUUCAAAAUAUUAUUAUGCAACUCAAUGAAACGUUGAAAAAUAAAGAUAGGUGUUCGGGGUGCAUUGAUAGAUUACAAAUCGGUAAAAAUUUGGCAAUUCAGAAACCUGAUUUGGUUCCAAAUGCUUUUACAGAGUGGUGCAUAGUAUCUGGUCAAGGAAGUAAUUAUUCAUGUACAUUAACAUAUGGUAAAUCUACUGUUACAGGUAGUAGUACAGGAAGUAAUAUCGCAGAUAUGUUGUCCUUGAUUAAUCCUAGCGGAUACGAUGGUCAAUUGUACUGUCAUUAUAUGGAAAAUGGUAAAUGUCCAAAACCACAGACACCUGUUAUUGAUAUAUCCAAUAUGUGGCCUCCUAAGGCUAAAGAACAUAUGGUGGCUCCACUACCAUCAUUUAAUGAUACGUUUAACGUUUUGCAUUUCUCUGAUUUCCAUAUUGAAUUAAACUAUACAGUAGGUGCAGAGGCUAAUUGUACCACGACAACAAUGUGUUGCAGUAUUCACUCAUCCAAUAAAGCUAAGCACAACGGGGCUUCGACAAAAGACGGGCAUUGGAAUUCUUUUUAUGAUUCCACUUAUAAUGAUGAUUUGACAUUCUUAAAGGGGCCUUAUAUUGAUGUCUUCAAAAAUACGAAUAUCUGGGUCCCAGCAACAUCGUUUGGCAAUUAUCAAUGUGACUCUCCCGAGCUUCUCAUAAAUUCGUCUUUAAAUUCAGCUAUCAAAUAUGCUAAACAAAAUGAGCUGGAUGUUCAAUUUACAAUAUUCACAGGUGAUAUCAUUGCACAUGAUGAAUCCAAGUAUAUAUCAUUAGAAACGGCCAAGGAAUCAGAAGAAUAUAUCUUCAGAGAUAUGAAGACUAAUUUAGGAAAUAUCCCGGUGUAUCCCGUGCUCGGUAACCAUGACACUUAUCCGUAUGGUGAAAUUGCCCCUGAGCAGUAUGGUUUUGCAAACAAAUUUACAUGGAAUGAAAACUUAACGGCAGAUUUAUGGCAGGGCUACGGUUGGUUGAAUUCCUCUGAAGCUCAAUACGCCAGAAAACAUUACACUGGGUAUUCUUUGGAGACACCACUAGGUUUGAAAGUUAUAUCUUUGAACUCUAAUGUUUGGUUAAGACAAAAUCAUUACGCUUUUAUCAAUUCAACUGAUCCAGAUAAUUUUGGCCAAUUCAAAUUUUUAAUUGACGAGUUGAUCCAAAGUGAGUCAAUUAAUCAAAGGGUAUGGAUUAUUGCUCAUAUUCCACCUGCAGUUGGUGGAUUACCCUUACCUUCUAAUGUAUUUGCCCAGAUUGUCGAACGAUUUUCACCUUCUACAAUAGCUGGUAUUUUCUUUGGACACACACAUGAGGAUCAAUUCCAGGUCAUGUAUGCUGGUCCCGGAAAUAACUCUAAGACAAUUGACAAUGUAAUCAAUAGUGCAUGGAUUGCUCAGUCUGUAACACCUUUUGUUGGUCUUAAUCCGUCGUGGAAAUAUUAUGAAGUAGAUAGAAAGACAUUUUCCAUUAUGAAUGCUCAUAAUUUCUAUACUAAUUUGGAUAGUACUUAUUCUAACAACGGUGAAGAACCAAAAUGGUUAUAUGAAUACAGUGCAAGAACAGCUUAUAAUAUUACGUGGCCUCUAGAAUGGCCAUUAAAUGCAACAUAUUGGCACCUUGUUGCACAAUCUAUCAAUAGCUCUGUUGUGGCAAAGCAAACUUAUAAGAAUUACAGUCGUAGGCUAUCUCCAUCGACUCCUGACUGUUCUAAAUCUAACAGAUGUAACUCGGAUUUCUGUUUUGUUUCGACAUUUACAGUAGAUGAAUAUGAUGACUGUAUUGCUGCUCUCGGAAAGAACUCCUGA